AAUAAAUUAACCAUUUGGCCUCCUUUGCGCAGAUUUUGACUGGCAUUAAGCAAUGAUUUCCAAAACAGCAGUCCAUGCACAAGUCUAAAAUAAAUAGCUAAGGCAGACUUCUAAAUGCGUGUGUAUCGUUAGGAAGAAAAGGUUAAAUUUUCAACUAUUCCAAUACGUAGGGCAUAUGAAAGAAGGAUUUGGAGGAAUACUGAAUCUUGCUUUCAUUUUCUCAUGCAAUAUUUCAACUUUUUACCGCACCGCUUUGUUUCAGUGACGAAGGCAAUCAAACAAAUGACAGAACCUUAGAACUCCACUCCAAAAAUUCCAGACACUUAAGUGCUGCCUGCGAUAAACUUAGACCUGCCGUCAUUACAGAUAUCUUGUGUAGCUCUGGAGAGUGUAAACUAGCACAAAGUGUGAAAAGGCUUGAAAAAACAAGCUAUAGAAGUCUAGGAAGAAAUUUCGGUUCUCCUGAAAGUAGCCUGUACGAGGCAUUCAAUUAAUAGGGUGCGAAAUAGCAAACGGUGCGAUGGUACCGAGGAGGCAUGGGUCGCGACUCGACCCAAUUCCUCCUCCUUUUCAUUACUCUACCACCACCAUGGCGGUCUGCCACCGUGUUGGGCUUCGUUCUACAAACUGAACGCUUGAAACAGGCGAUCCAUAUUAAAGCCGGGUUUACAUGCGCCACCGUUUGAUCGCUGUGUUGAUUUCCGGGAUUUGAAAUUGAAAAGCAUGCAACUGAUAAAUGGCCAAUGAGACUGUAAUUGAUCCGGAAGUCGUGGCACUUUUUGAAGACUCGGGGGAUGAAGGAAGCUUCGAUGGGUUCAAUGAAUUAGAUAGGGCAGGUUUGAAUUUAGAUAAUGAUUCAGACUUAGAUUUAGAUGACCUAGAAACUGAAGAAGAUGACACAGAUACCGAAGAAGAAGAGGCUUGCUGGACUGACCAGCUCGUCGAUCUCCAAGUUCCUGAGUUCGUAGCAGCUACUGGCAUUAAUUUAGUCUUAAAUAAUCCUAAUGAACUGGAUAUAUUUUUAGCUUUUAUCGCGGAUGAUUUGUGGGAUAAAAUGGUUGAGGAAAGUAAUCGUUAUGCGCACCAAAAGCUUGACAAUCGAUCGGAAAAUUUUCGCGCCAUAACGCGAGCAGAAAUGAAGGCAUUCAUUGGAAUUAACAUAAUUAUGGGUAUUGAUAAGCUCCCAGCCUAUGCUCUUUACUGGUCAACCGAUGAAUUUUUUGGAAAUCCAGGAAUUAAGAGGGUCAUGGCUAAGAAUAGAUUUGAACAAUUAAGUUGCUAUUUACAUUUUAAUGAUUCAAGCAAAGAGCCCGCAAGGGGUACUAGAGAUUACGAUCGCCUUUUCAAAGUUCGAACCGUUUUAGAUUAUGUUCGUGCUAAAUGUAGUGGGAAUUUCCUGCCCACUAAGAACAUUUCUGUAGAUGAGGGUAUGGUUGGUUUUCGAGGGAGGUUAUCUUUCAAGCAGUACAUGCCGGCAAAGCCAACUAAGUAUGGUAUUAAAGUUUGGAUGGCUGCUGAUUCUAGUAAUGGCUAUGUGCUGAAUUUUGAUGUGUACUUAGGUAAGGAACCAAACCAGCGGCCAAGAAUUUAUGGCUUAGGGUACGAUGUGGUGACAAGUAUGAUAAGGCCUUUCAUGAAUAAGAACCAUCAUGUCUACUUUGACAAUUUUUUCAGCUCAGUUAAGUUAUUAGAACAUUUAGCAAGUAAUGAUACUUAUGCUUGCGCCACUGUAAGAUCUAAUCGUAAGGACUUACCUCCAUGUGCAAAGGAUAAAUUGGGCCAAGGGCAGAAGCUAGUUCACCAAAAGGGAAAUGUUGUUUUUACUAGGUGGCAUGAUAAGAGAGAUGUUAGUAUAAUUUCCUCUAAUUGUAGUCCUUUAGCCAUAGAUUUAGUAGUAAACAAACAAAAUCAGCAGAUUUCUAAGCCAGCAGUAGUUGAUCAUUACAAUAAGCACAUGGGAGGUGUUGAUUUUGCAGAUCAAUUACGCAGCUAUUACUCAAUAGGCCGUUCCUCUUAUACAUGGUAUAAGUAUUUGUUUUGGUUUUUAAUUGAUAUUUCAAUAUGCAAUUCUUUCAUUCUGUAUAAUCAUCAUAGGCGAGAGCAUGGGCAAGGUAAAGUAAAACAGCUAAAUUUUAGGAUGAAUCUUGCAAAGCAAUUGAUAGGGGGGGUUACUACAAAAGGCUCUGUAGGUCAUUCUGCUAAGCGCCGUAAGAUUGAGAAUUUGUCUCUCCAGUCAGGAAAUGCAGGAUUUCAUUUUAUAGUUAAAAUUGAUGGUAGGAAGAAAGUUUGUAUUCAAUGCAAGAAGUUGGGUAGAAAGACAGUGUCAGGUCGAUCGAUAGAGACCUCAUUUCAGUGCUUACAAUGUAGCAUAGCCCUUUGUAAAACUUGCUUUCAAGCUUUUCAUUCAAACUGAAAUUUCAAACCCUGAGUCAAUCACCAUAGAAUAAGUGUCCAAAAGAAGAGGAAACAAACAAA